AAAUGGAAAAGAAAAUGGGAAUGGAUGCAACAAAUUCCAAGCAAUUAAGACCUUGGAGAAAUUUUUUCUGGAAACAGAAGUAAACCAAACAUUAUGCGUCACUGCAGGCCGUUCUAUGGCCGUCCUAUAUAGACCAUCCAGAUCUGAUGACAACGACUUAAACAUUUACCUCAGUGACACUGAGGGUUCUGUAGAUGAGGAUCUGCCCGGCCGGAAAUUGCGAGCUUACCUGCCUAAAGAGCUGAAACUUGGAUCGGAUCAUACUGUCGCAUUCUGGUCGGUUCAGCUUCCAGUUGAGGAUGUUUGGAAAGGCUUAGAGAACCUGUAUGAGCACAGACUCAUUGGCCUGAGUGUCCGUGGAAUGGACGUUUCUGGACUUACGGAAUCAGUCAAGAUCACAAUCAGAAUCACUACAAACAUAAGUGAACCCUUGAACGUCACAUGUGUGUACCUAAACACCACAGGAAAUGAUACCACUCCAAGACAAUGUGACAGUAUGGACUAUAACGGGACUCACGUCACCUGUUUCUCCAGUCAUCUCACGUACUUUGGUGUGCUUCUGGUGUCUGCAGACCUCUCACCUAAAGACGCUGAGAUCUUGUUCUACAUCACCUACAUCGGCUGUAGUAUCUCUCUGUUUGGUCUGGUCGUCACUGUUUUGUUCUUCAUCUCUAAAAGGAAACUCAGAGCAGACGAUUCCAAGAAGAUCCACAUCAGCCUGGCAGUCGCUCUGAUCCUCCUCAACGUUCACUUCCUCUCCAGCCAGGCGGCGGCAGCGUCGUCCUCCACUGAGCUUUGUCUCUAUGUGGCUCUUCUUCUUCACUACUCCCUGCUGGCCUCUUUCACCUGGAUGGCCUUGGAGGGCUUCCACCUCUACCUCCUCCUGGUCAAAGUCUUCAACAUCUACGUGAGGCGAUACCUGCUGAAACUCAGCGUGGUGGGAUGGGGUCUUCCAGCGGUCAUUGUGUCAGUGGUGGCGAUCGUCGACAAGAACUUUUAUGGCCGUACCCCUGUGAUGUCAUCCAGACCCAAUGAAACUGAAAUAUGCUAUAUAACCGAUGACAGAGUGAAGCUGGGGACCACGCUGGGACUGUUCAGCAUUAUGUUCCUCUUUAAUGUGAUCAUGUUUGGAGUGACAAUCAAAUGGUUUGUGAACACCCACUUUACCAAACAGCAUGGACAGAGAGAGCGCCGUGUGGCCCUGAAAGAAAUCGUGACCCUGCUGGUUCUCAUGGUUCUGCUGGGCCUGUCCUGGGGGCUGAUCUUCUUCUCUUUGGGUCAGCUUCCUGCUCCCGGCCUCUACGCCUUCUGCAUCCUGAACUCUCUGCAAGGUUUCUUCAUCUUCAUUUACUUUAUGUUGCAUUUGAAGAAUUCAGGAAACCAAUCUGCCACUCCAAGCCCUGCAACGCAGGCUGAAAGCUCCUGACCUCCAGUGGGAUCUUACUCAGAGAGACAUUCACCUGCCUGAUUCACUGGUCUUUUGUUUGCCUUAAGGAAAUGUGUCAGAACGUCAAACAGAUCUACACAUCAGACAAACUUAACACAUAAAUACAAAAUGCAGCAUUUCAAUCAAAGAGUUUCUUCCAUCCAUCCAUUUUCUUCUGCUCAUUCCAAGAUGGAGUGGUUGUUAGGGCCACUGAAACAGAUCCUCACAACACCAAGUCCAAAUUACAGACCAGCAGCUCCGGUCAGCCUGCUGUGAAUAUUUCCCCUUCAUAAUACGCACUUUCAUUUUGUGUUUACUUGUCUUAUCUUUGUCUAAUAUUUACAUUUGUUUGACCAUCUAAAAAAUAAGGAAUCGUGGAGGAGUGAGAUUUGUUUUUCCACCACUUCUUCAAGUUUUGAAGAUUUACACAUGAAGAAUAAUUCAAGUCUUGACAUCUUGACAGAAUGUUACAUAAAAACGAGCAGACUAGUUAAUAUAAUUCAUUUUUUCCUGCAGUUUUCAAAUACUGUCCUUAAACUCUUAAAAGAAAAUGAUGCUUUAGUGAGUGUUUAUCCAUCCUCAGUUGAUUUUUUACUACAAUUCAAUUUUUUUAUGCUUUUUACUCUUUCUAGGCUUUUAAACAUAUGGAUGUAGUGCAGGUUAUUAUUUUUGCUUACUGCCUUUGCCUACUAACUGUGCCAUUAGUUUAACUGACAGUUUGACAUUUUUAGAAUAUUUGCACGAAAAAUCUUCAGCAUCUUUUGUGAUUGAAAUCCGUGGUGAAUUGUUUACAAUUUUCUUCAUGCUGUAUAUUGAUGUAAUGUGCAUGCAUUUGUAUUUCUCAACUAUUCUAAAUACAUCAUUGAAUGAA